GUUGAGUUGUGGUAGCUUCUUAUAACUCACCCCUCCGGCUCUGACUUCGUUGCCCAGUCUCCUUACUGUCAUUACCCCAGACUUUCUCUACCCCUAAAGACAAUAUGUUGUCUUCAUUUUUAUUUCUUGUCGCUCCUUUAGCGUUCUCCUCGACCGCUUCGGCCCUUCCAAAGAGUGUUGGUCUCGGCCCUGGUGAGAAUGCCGAGGUACAAUGUCAGGGGGCGACUGUGACGAAGACGCUCUGGCUGCCGGCACCGUCAAACUCGCCGAGUCCCCAAGGGGAAGAGCGGACAGUUGUUGAGAAAGCAGCUUCAUCCAGCGCUUCGGCCAUCCCGUUGCCUAGCACCAACCAGACCAUUGCUGCACCUGCAAACGGGACCGCUCCGUUCAGUAACACAACCAUCAAGAGCACACCUUCAGGAUACCGCAAUGCCCUGUACUUCACAAACUGGGGCAUUUACGGAGCCAAUUACCAACCCGAACAACUUCCGGGCGACAAGAUCACCCACGUCCUCUAUGCUUUUGCUGACAUCGCGCCUGAUGGAGAAGUGAAAUCGUCGGACUCUUACUCGGACCUUGAGAAACACUACCCCACGGAUUCAUGGAACGACCAGGGGCAAAACGCAUACGGCUGUGUCAAGCAACUGUACAUGCUGAAGAAGAAACACCGGCACAUGAAAACCCUCCUCUCCAUCGGGGGCUGGACCUACUCCCCCAAGUUCGCCCCAGUCGCCGCUACCGAGGCGGGAAGGCAAAAGUUCUGUAAUUCUGCUCUCACCCUUAUGAAAGACUGGGGUUUCGACGGCCUCGACAUCGACUGGGAAUACCCGACCAGCGCCUCUCAAGCCCAAGACUACGUCGACCUCCUCAAAACCUGCCGCUCCACCCUCAACACCUACGCCGCGGCCCACGCACCGGGGCACCACUUCCUGCUCACCAUCGCGGCGCCCGCCGGCCCCCAGAACUACAAUACCAUGCACCUCGAAGCCAUGGACGCCCACCUCGACGCCUGGCACAUCAUGGCCUACGACUACGCCGGCUCGUGGGACGCCACGACCGGCCACCAGUCCAACCUCUUCCCCAGCACCGCCAACCCGCAGGCCACCAAGUUCAGCACCGACCGCGCCGUGGCCGACUACGUCGCGCGCGGCAUCCCCGCCCGCAAGCUGGUCCUCGGCCUGCCGCUGUACGGCCGCGCGUUUGAGGCCACCACGGGGCUGGGCCGCCCCUACGCCGGUGUCGGCUCGGGGUCGUCGCAGGCGGGUGUCUGGCUGUUCCGUGACCUGCCGCGGCCGGGCGCGGUGGAGCGCUGGGAUGAGGAGGCGCAGGCGAGUUAUAGCUUUGAUGAUAGCACGGGCGUGCUGGUGUCGUAUGAUACGUUGGCGAGUGGGAGGCGGAAGGCGGAGUAUUUGGUUGAGAAGGGACUGGGUGGGGCGGUGUUUUGGGAGGCGAGUGGUGACCGGGCUGGGGAGGGGAGCUUGGUGGGUGCGGUGGCGGCGGAGAUGGGCGGGUUGGAGAGGGAGGAGAAUUGGUUGAGCUAUCCGGAGAGUCGGUAUGACAAUAUUCGGAUGGGGGUUCCGGGGCAGUGA